UUUUCAGUUUUGAUAAAAACUAGUUUACUUUGUACAAAAUAAUUCUUGGUCUUCUCUGUAAUUAUGAUUAGUAUUAAACUUCCGUGGAGAUCCCUUUUUGGCGGUAGUCGUCGUAGAGCACUCCUUAUCAACAGCAGUCGAUCUCUCUCGGUUCGAAAUCGAAAUAGUUUUCCUUGGCAUCUAACACUUACACAAAGCUGCUUGUCCUUGUUUCGUUCUGAUAAUAAAUUCAAACUAAGUAGCGAUUCAACCGGUCUAAACAAUAUGUCGACGUUUACGUAUCCAGUUGCCAAACGCAUAGAUUUCUCUGAAAAUUUACACGGAAUUACGGUGGAAGACUCCUAUCGCUGGCUGGAGGAUCCAGAUUCUUCUGAAACACAGGAGUUUGUUUGUCUUCAGAAUGAACUUACGACUCCCUACAUUCAGGGCAGUCCAGCUUUGGCCAGUAUCAAAAAAAGAUUGACAGAGCUAUGGAAUUUUCCUAAAUAUUCUUGUCCAAUGAAAAAGGGGAACCGCUAUUUCUUUUACAAAAAUUCUGGUCUCCAAAAUCAUAGUGUCCUUUUUGUGCAAGACUCCCUGGAGUCUGAACCUAAGGUCUUCUUGGAUCCCAAUACCUUGUCUGAUGAUGGAACUGUGUCUCUUUCUAUGAAGAAGUUUUCAGAAGAUGGUGAAAUCUUUGCAUAUGGCCUAAGCCGUAGUGGCUCAGACUGGAAUUCCAUCCAUUUUAAAUGUGUUCAGACUGGAGAAGAUUUCCCUGAGGUGCUUGAAAAGAUCAAAUUCUCAUCAAUAUCAUGGACUCAUGACCAUAAGGGUAUCUUCUACUCAUGCUAUCCCGAACAGCAAGGAAAGACUGAUGGUUCUGAAACCACGUCUAAUGAAAAUCACAAGUUAUUCUAUCAUCGGAUUGGGACGCAACAAAGCGAAGAUGUUCUAGUUGUCGAAUUUCCCCAUGAACCCAAAUGGCGGAUUCAAGGAGGGGUAACAGAUUGCGGUCGCUAUUUGAUAGUUACAACCGGAAGAGACUGCCAAUACAAUAACAUUUACUUCUGUGACCUCACUGCCUUGCCGGAUAAAACUAUCAAUGGGAAAUUGGAGCUGAUCACUGUGGUUGACAAGAUGGAGGCAGACUAUGAGUACGUUUCAAAUACCGAAUCAGUAGUUGUUUUCCGAACCAACAAGGAGGCACCUAACUACAGAUUGAUUCAAAUUGAUUUCAAUCAACCAGCUCGUGAACACUGGAAAACACUGCUGGAAGCUGAUCCUUCUGACGUUUUGGAUUGGGCUGCUUGCAUCAACAAGGAUAAGCUUAUCGUUUGCUAUAUGCACGACGUCAAGAAUAUCCUGCAAUUGCGCGAUUUAAAAAAUGGCCAACUUUUGAAAACCUAUACCCUUGAAAUGGGCACCGUGCGUGAAUUUUCUGGCAAGAGCACCUCUUCCGAAUUCUUCUUCCAAUUCGGUUCUUUUUUAACUCCUGGCGUCAUUUAUCGAUGCGAUAUCGGAGAAACAGUCGAAGCGGAACCAACCGUCUUCCGUCAAAUUGAACUUGAUGGAUUUGAUCCGUCUCUGUUCGAAACUCAGCAAGUUUUCUACCCAUCAAAGGAUGGCACGCGCAUCCCAAUGUUCAUUGUCAAAAAAGGUCUCUAUUUUUAUUGUUUCGUUCUUGGAAUGCUAACCAUAAUUCGUUGUGUACGUUUCCAGACUGUCAUUUUGGAUGGGACUAAUCCUUGCCUAAUGUACGGGUACGGUGGAUUCAACAUAAGCCUCGAACCCGCCUUCAGCGUAACGCGAAUCGUAUUUAUGCAGCAUUUCAACGGUGUCUUUGCCGUACCUAACAUACGUGGAGGAGGAGAAUACGGUGAAGCGUGGCACGAUGGUGGGCGUCUGUUCAACAAACAAAACUCUUUCGACGACUUUCAUUCGGCCGCUGAAUAUCUAAUCGCCAAUGGCUACACUUCGAGCUCAAAGUUGGCUAUACAAGGUGCAUCUAAUGGCGGUUUGUUGAUAGGAGCUUGCGUCAACCAACGUCCUGAGCUCUACGCCGCUGGCAUUGCUCACGUCGGCGUAAUGGACAUGCUGCGGUUCCACAAGUUUACAGUGGGGUACUGUUGGGUGUCAGACUAUGGCAGCCCCGAAGAGAAGGCGGCGUUUGAGAAUCUGUUAAAGUUCUCACCGCUACAUAAUUUGAAAGUACCUGAAACUGGCCAAUACCCGGCGAUGCUGUUGCUUACGGCUGAUCAUGACGACCGCGUCGUGCCGCUGCACUCGCUUAAAUAUAUGGCCCAGAUGCACCACACGUUCAGGGACUGCGCCAAACAGACCAACCCGCUCAUGAUACGCAUCGAAACUAAAGCCGGUCACGGUGCCAACAAACCCACCUCAAAAAUCAUUGACGAACACAGUGACGUCUUUGCAUUUUUGGCGCGCGCCCUGAAUCUUGAAUUCCAAUUAUGAAAUCCGAGGGCUGCAAUCAAUGCAAACAAUCCUAAUCUUUCUUUUUAGGAUAGGUCGACAGGAAUUUGAUUAGUUGAGUAGAAGUAAUUGCAACUAGUAUACAGAAAACCCACACAGAAAACUUUGUAACCCGUGCAAUCAAACUCUAUAGGAUAAGGCAAACAUUCUGAACCUCCCCUUUGUUUUCCAUCUGAUUCUAAUGUGGUCUUAUUAUAUUGACACAUGAUGUUUCAACCAGGUGAAUCUACCGAAAAGUCGAUCAAUACAUCAAAAGAAAAUUA